CGGAUAUCUCUGCAUGGCAUGUCAUGUGGACUGGAAAGAAGUCCAAUGCCUCUACCUUACGUAUGACCACUAACAUAGCGUGGCGAUUGUAGCCGUGCACUCAGUCGAGAGUUGCGUUAUCUAGUUUGACUCACCAGCCGCUUGUGCGCACUGACCAAUAGGAAACGAGUCUUACGAGGGUCGGCCCUCAGCAGAGCUCCGUGCUAGCGCGGAAGCUUGCUCAGGCGGUGCAGGGCGUACCUCUGCGCUUAUGCGCGUUGCGUUGCUUCGCUUCCACCGCAGGCCACUUUCCUGGUCGUUUGCCAUGACGUGCUUUCUAUGGGACACUGCCGACGAGUAUAAAUGUGUUUCCAAGUAGGAACGCAUUUUCCCAUCUUGUUCGAUAUGUCUCUUCCCGUACCUCAACUUUUCCAGCCGAUCUUGGUGGGCGACAUGCAGCUCAAGCACCGCAUCGUGAUGGCUCCAUUGACGCGGAAUCGCUCUGAUGAUGACCGCGUUCCUUACGAUCCGCUCGUCAAGGAAUACUACGCACAGCGGGCCUCGCAACCAGGGACGCUGGUGAUCUCAGAAGCGAUAUUCAUCGACGAGCGCGCGAGCGGAAUGCUCAACAUUCCUGGGAUGUGGUCGGAGGCUCACAUUGCGGCGUGGAAGGAGAUCGUCGCCGCCGUGCACGCGCAAGGCUCGUUUAUCUACAUGCAGCUGUGGGCGCACGGCCGUGCAGCCCAGCCAUCCACUCUGGGCGUCAACAACCCGUACGUAUCCGCCUCCGACGUCGCGCUCAGCUACCGGCCUGCGGACGACAUCAAGCCGCGUCCAUUGACCAAGACCGAGAUUUCCGAAUAUGUGGAACUUUACGUGCGAGCCGCGAAAUAUGCGGUGCAUGAUGUUGGAUUCGACGGUGUAGAGGUCCACGGUGCGCACGGAUAUCUGAUUGACCAGUUUACACAAGAUGUGAGCAACGUGCGGUCGGAUGAGUACGGAGGGAGCAUCGAGAAUCGGACUCGAUUUGCGCUUGAGGUCAUAGAUGCUGUUGUUGCCGCUGUUGGCCCCCAGAAAACGGGCUUCCGCAUCAGUCCCUGGAACCCCUACCAAGACAUGCGCAUGAAGGACCCCAAACCCACCUUCUCUUAUCUCCUGGAGCAGAUCAAGGCGCGCCAUCCCGACCUGGCUUUCCUCCACGUCAUCGAGCCGCGGAUCGAAGGAGAGGAUAUUCUUGCCGACGACACCCUUCCCAAGGGAGUGAGCAAUGACUUCAUCCGAGAUAUUUGGACGUCUUCUGGCUCGCGUCAACUGAUCUCUGCCGGCGGCUAUACCCGUGAAUCAGCCAUCCGGGACGCCGAGAAAGGCGAGCUGAUAGCCUUCGGGAGAAAAUUCCUUGCGAAUCCCGACCUGCCCUUGCGAUUGCUACAUGACUACCCUCUGAAUCAGUAUGACCGCAACACUUUCUAUGGCGAAGGCUUCCCCGAUCCAAAGGGUUACACGGAUUAUCCCUUCUACACGCCCGAGAACCAGCUUGUGUGAUGCUGUGGACAAGGUCUUUCACCGUAGACCUCUUGGAGUCUUGUGCAGACAGAUUUUGUACGGAACUUCUAUGACUAGCCAAU